AUGAACGCCAUCGAUUUUUACCGUCAGAGUAUACGAAUCCUGAAGUUCAAUUCCGUGAUUGUGGGUGCAGAGCUUUGGAACACCAAGCAAUUUCUCACCUUCGGCUCAUACUCGAUCAUGACGCAGAUGGUUAUCUACUUCGGGUGCGUUUUUUCGACCGUGCAUAAGUAUCGACACGAUAUGAUGCACGCCAUGAAAGUAUUGAACUGUGCAGGGAUAGCUUUCCAGCUAUCGGUAAAGUUUUUCAUUGCCAUGUCAAACAAGGAUACAAUACGUGAUUUGCUGCAGAUUAUUGAAACAGAGAUGUACGAUCGCUACCCAGAUCGAUCAAGUCGUGAGGGAGAAACUGUGUUCAUGUACGCAAAGAAAUACAACAUUCUAUUGAGGUUGCUCUCACUGUUGUACUCGUCUACUCUGCCAGUUUUUGCGCUAUACCCGCUGUUCAUUUACUUCUCAGAAGGUGAACUUAUUCCAUUGUUCAUGCUUGAAAUUCCGCAUGUCGAUUGGCAUAGUACAUGGGGAUACUUAUUUACUAAUUUUUUACAAGUGGAAACCUACGUGAUGGGCCUGUGUGGAUUAGUUUUGGCAGAUGGACUGCUAAUUUUGAUAGCAGUUCAUGGAUUGGCAUUAAUGGAAAUCCUCAUGAUUCAUUUGGAAGAACUGGGGGAAAUGCUAAAAUCUGGAAUCACAGAUGAAAAUGAAAAUGUGAUCAACAAACAAUGGAAAGGAUGCCUUCGCGAGCAUCAGAGAAUUACAGAAUUCUUUGAAGAGCUUACUGGAUUCAGUGCUGGAAUUUGUUUAAUACUUGUUUUUACUGGAGUAUUCGCAAUAUGUGAUAAUUUGGUUUUAUGCGUUUUGACUGACUGGUAUGCAUCAUAUCUAUUUUUAUUGGUUUGUUUUGUGCAAUUGACUAUCUAUUACGCGCUGGGAAACACAGUUGAGCUAAAGAGUGAUGCGCUGGACUUGAGCGUUGGAAAUUUUCCUUGGAAUCUAUUGAGAAAUGAUCAACAGAAAGAAUAUUUAUUUUUGCUCGGUCGUAUGCAGCAACCAAUUAUAUUAACGGUCUAUGGAUUCUCUAAUCUUAAUCUAGAAUCAUAUAUGUCGAUUUUGAAGGUGUUAUACCAAUUCGCAAUGAUGAUCAUCAACUUUGUGGGCUAG